AAAGCCAAAGCUCACGAGCUCGACGUGAAGUAUUGCCUGCCUAGCUGAGCGGUUUCAUUGUUGAUUCUGAUUCCAAAUGAUCAACUAGCAAAGGCCAGGGAAUAAAUCUACAGUGGAUUAGAUUCAAUUAAAUCUUUUUCAAACACUAAAAAAAGACCGUUUCAAAACAGUAGCACACGGUUUUUAACAUAUUCGGUGAUAUCUGACCACAUCAGCCAAAUAUUAGCAUGUUCUAUCGUUCUCUGUCUACACCAGACACACACUAAAAACCUGACAUUUAAGUAUAAAUUAAGAGGAGGACCUGUUUACUGAUGAAUGAAACGCUGAUUUCAGAAGUCAGUGUAUUCUUCUCCUUCUAUGAACUUCCUGUGUCUGAUGUCUACGCUAGUCGCUGACGCAACUCAGGGUUUCACAAGAAAACCAAAACCAGCAGGUCCUCUCGUUUCUCCACGCUGUAAACCAAAGCUCACAACUUCCCGUUUCAUUCAGCGGUCCUUUGAGAUUGAGAAAGCAGAAUGUCGCUCAUCGUCCAGCUCCAGCCAGGAACACAAACAGCUCCUUUCACGACGCUGAACGAUGCUCCUGUGCGUGUUCAACUACAACCGGUGACAGGAACCUCGACUCUUCAGGACCUUCAGGCAUUUCUAAAAGGACGCCUGAAAGCCCUUGGGAUGGUCCAGAUUAUUAUCGGUCUGCUGACUCUUCUCUUUGGCAUCGUGCAUACAGUUUAUGCAGAGUCCCUCUACAUCUCUGUUGGUCUUCCUUACUGGGGAUCUCUCAUCUACAUUACCUCAGGCUCACUCUGUAUCGCUGCAGAAUACAAGAUUAAUUCACCCUCCAAUUUCUGUUUGGUGAAUGCUUUGCUUAAAGUGAACAUUGUCUGUAUUGUAAAUGCAGGCAUGGCCAUUAUUUUGCUUUUAGUGGAUUUCAUUGUAGGUCCACUCAAACGCUGCUUUGAUGAUGACUGUACUAAUGAAAGGAGAGAAUAUGAGGCUCUCUCAAAGGGAAUCAGGGGUGUGUUGUUGGUAAUCGUCACGCUUGAGUUCGUCAUCUCCUUCUUUCUGUUGGUGUUUAUCUGUAAAACCAACUCCUGCUGUUCUCCUCCUCAGUUUCAGAUUACUCCGGUCGUACAGUCGUCUGAUUCCAGGGCAAUUCCUUAACAGAUCCGAGAUACCGGAUUCCAGCAGCUCUUCCGUUCAUCACCCGAGCAAUCCAUAUGAAUAAGUGUGUUACAUAUAAAAAAAAUACACUUACAGAAGAUACACUUCUCUUGAGAUUGGGUUUACAUAUAGCUGAACAUUUCAUAUAUAAAGAUUUGUGAUUUACUUAUUUUUGUAAAAAGAAAAGUGCACUGAAAACAAUAAAAAGUACAUUUUUUGGACUA